GUGGUGUUCGCGCGCGGUGUCGACUACCACGAGAUUGUGCGUCUGGGUCCCGCAGCGGUGUUUCUGCGGGGAAUUAUGUAAGGUCGACCGAAAAUCCUGGCGCAGGAACGCAGCACAGUUGUAACCCUUCUCUCAGAUGUACGGUCGAGAGUGAAAGCGUAAGCAUCGGCUCGUGUGUUCACCCGGUUUUGCUGGAAUUACGCCUCGAGUUCCGUAAACGAGGCGCGUUCGACGCAUGAGUGCCGUGACAUUAUCGAGAUGCGACCGUCUUGUGGUGUUCUAGUGAUCCUGGCCCUAGUGGCCGCGUCCUCCGCCGGGGAUUUUGAGGAUCACUUCGAAGAUUGCCAUCCAAAUUUGCCAGGCUUCGACGCGUGUAUACGCGAAGCGUUGAACGCGAUCCGACCAUACUUCAAAACCGGACUGCCAACGUACAAUGUGUCUCCGUUUGACCCCUUCUUCGCCAGGGAAGUUUCGGUAAAACGGGGUAUGCAGAAUUUUGGCUUCACCUUAACAUUAAGGAACGUUUCCGAGAGCGGUUGGAGUGCUAGCAAAGUGACCAAGUUCGUCAGCGACCUUCCACACUACAAGGUCGUCUACACUCAGAGCUUUCCAGAAAAAUUCUUAUCGGGACUUUACGAGUUCAAUGCAGCCGUCUUUGGAUCCACCAUCAAGAACAAGGGGAAAUUCACGUUGGCUCUCUAUGACCUCAUUCAGACGACAACUAUUACCAAGAGACUGGGCCAAAAGAUUCAAGUGAGCGUGGACGUUCAAACGAUCCGAGAUCUGAAACUCCACAUCACGAACUUGCUGUUCGGCCGACAGAUUCUUGAAAACGUCCUCGACAAAAUAAUAAAUGGCGCCUGGCAGCCGGGAUUCGUGAUGACCAGGCGCCUGAUUAACGAUCUUGUCUCCACCGCGUUCACUGAAAUAUUCGAGAGGGCGUUCCGCAACUUCCCAUUCGAGAAAAUCAUCAAACCGAAACCUGUUGAGAGCUAAAAAAUUCACGAAUCAGAUAAAACAGGAAAACAAACAAGCACACAACGAUCAACCAUACAACUUCCAGACUACCAUUAAUGAAGUCAUCAUCCAAAGAAAAUAAUACUUUCCCAAUCUAAAUGAUGCAGAAAUAAUCUUCGGAGUUUCUUUUUUAGAACUCUAGACACCAAAUAGCCAACUGUAUCGCACUAUAUCAUUUAGCAACGAAUACAAACAAAAAUAUCAAUUUUCAUCGCAUAGCAAAAUCUUUUUAGAGGAGCUAAAGAAAACGAGGUCGCGUUUUUACGAACCUCUUACCAUUUAGUGAUCAUUUCAGAGCAUAGUAUAUUUUUUUAUUUAGAGGAUACAUAGUAGGAUAAGACCAUUUUGUACAUACAGAGGACAUAUUUUUCCGUGAUAUUUAAAAGUUUUGCAUGCAGCACGCAUACAGAAAUAUUACAUUCUUUUUUCGCGAUUCUAGCUGUUUAGCAUCUGUUUGUCGGUACAUUUAACUAGAGACAAUCCGCACGUUGAAGCCGGAGGAGAACAGGGAGCUUUCUUCUUCUGUUAGAAUAGCUGCUUGCCUUGAGAAGUGGACGGUCUCUGACCUCGCAUUCUCAUGGUGUACGAGCAUGGUGUAUCAACAUCAGUGCAUCGCGUCUCUUUUAUCGAUCUAAAAAGAUUUAUAGCAACAGACCGGCCGCUCUUACACUAACGGAGCGGCACUUAGCACCGGUAUUGUUGUUCCAAUUUAGCAAACUACUGACUUCGGAGAUUUUCUUCGACCGAUAACACUUGUGAAUCAAGUGUCAUUGAUUGUACAAGCUGUUUCAAUUACUACGAUCGAAUAGAUUUUCUCCGUAAACAAAUCCACGAACAUAAUAAUAUAUUCCAGUACAUUACGUCAACCGGACAAUUAAUUCGCUGCCGAUUUUUCAAUGCAAAGAAAGUAAUACAUUUUCAAUACUAUUAUUAAGAUUUAUCGAAAAAUAUAAUUUCCAUCGUUACUAAUUACUUCUUUCCAACGCGAUGGUAAUUUGUGAUUUCCAUUUCUAUAAAAUGACUUAUUAUUUUCCGGUGGACUUAAUGUAAUAUAAAAUACUUAUCAAUUUGUUAUUGUUAAAUUGAUAAAAACUGUCAGCAAACGAAAGGCGUUUUUUCAUUUUAAAUAGUUUAAGUGAUAUUUUUGUUAUAUUCGAUUGAGAUUUGCUACAGGACGAAUAAAGUGUUACCAAAUAAUUUUAGGAAUUCUCUGCUCGCACGUUUUGCGUAUAACACGGUGUCAAUGGGAGCGUUAACCGUUCGAUAUCCGUCAUAACGCCCGAUCACAGUCAGAAUCGGCCGUGAUCGCAACGAGUUACCGGGUUCAUUAACGGUGCUUAACAUUCUUCGGUAAGCCCAUCGUUCUUUUCUGACGUCCGCCACUGACGUCCGUUUACUUUCGAUCUACCUGUGUCAAAUUUUUAUUGCCGAUUAUCUGGUAUUAUCGAUCAUGAGCCUGACACGACACGAGUGUAAUGAGUAUAAAUACUUUUAUUUAAUCGCAAUUAUGUGCGCUAAACGCUAUUCGCCAUCUUUUGUUCUCGGUAAUCUAAAAAGUGCAACCAUUUGCACUAUUAUUAUAUUCUAAAUUAUCAAAGUUAUUAAACCGUUUGAAAUAAAUUCCUUUAACGCUAGAACUACGAGGUGGGUCGACAUGACUCACUCCAGAUUUCUUCUUUUACCGAAAAGAUACUUCUUCGAGACAUUAUUGAAGAAGCUGAUCCGGUAUUACCGAAACUGAAAUAUAAGUCAAUUGAAAUUUUAAUAACUGCGAGAUUAUAGCUUUCGCAAAGAGAUUUUAAAAAGUUAAUUGAAGUAUUCCGUGGUUCUAGUGUUGAAGCAAAGAAAAAAGUCUGAUUCAAUCUGAAGAUAAGAAAUUUUGUCUUUUUUUUUAAGCUAUUAUAUUGUCAUCGGAAAACCUUUACGUUUCUUUAAUAAUGAUGAAUUGAAUUGUUCGUGUUAGGCAAUCAGAGCAUAAAUAUUUUGUUAGCACGAAUCGUACAUUUUUUCUCGUCUAAUCUGAGAUCUUUCCAGCCAAUUGAACUUCAUAUAAUUUUUAGGAUCGAUAUAGAGGUCAGUCGGAACGGCGGUUCCCGUCAUUUCGUUAGAAAGCGCAAAGCGUUCGAACGCAGAUAGUCCUUACCCGUAACGAACUGUGCCUAUAAAGUACUGUUUGCUUUCUGUUCGUAGCUUCUAAACAGAUUACAUCAAGCACAACACGAUGCUCACUGAUUUUUCUCGCGGCUGACUUUCCCAAAGCUGUUGGCAAUUCGUUUACGACUUUCUUCUGCUAUCUGGCGAACCUGGAACCCUCUUAUCCAACAAUCUAACCUGUAGUAUUAAAAAUAUUCUUCAUUCUUCAUCAGACAUGUUUGAAUUCACAAGGUCAACUAUAUUUCAUUUCUUUUUAACAAAGAAAUAAUAUUCUGAUUCGUAUCUCUCAUUACGCAUGUCUAGCAUUAUACCAAGAUCAAUAAGAUUCUAUUAUUCUUUUCUCAAACCAACUACCUUUAAGUUAAAUGAACUGUUCAAACAUCUGUUACAAACAUUUUUCAACAAAGAUAUCAAUAUUCUAUUAUUCACCUUUUCAUUCAAUGUAAUAAAAUACAAGAAUUAUAAGUAGUUAACAAGACAAAUAGAAGAACGAAACAAGCAACAACGAUGUUCUCGGGCGUCCUUU